ACAGCACGUAGUAAUAAUAAUAGUAAUAACAAUAAUAAUAAAUCAGAAAAGUGGUGAGAGUGAUGCCGCGGAGUGAGAGUGAAAGCGAGAGCGAGAGCGAGAAGAAACCUCCGAGAAUAGAGCCGCCGGGCGACCUCCGAUGCCGGCGGCGCGACGGCAGGUCAUGGCGGUGCCGCCACUGGAGGAUUCACGACCAGCUCUACUGCGAGCACCAUUUCCUUUCCUCCAGAGCCAGGUACUCUCACGUUGAACAAACCAAACCUAAGGCUUCCACUUCUUCACCGCAAAUAGACAAUGAGAAGAAUAAGAAGAACAAUUCGAAGAGGCUUCGCGAACCAGACGAAGCGACUGUUCCGGAGAAAGCCAAAACGAAGAAGGUGAAAUUCGAAGCGGAACGAGAACGAGAGCGGAAGUCUCCGAACGAGGAAGUGGUGCCGUUACCAGACCGGAAAACUAGGAGCAGAGAGAAGAUCAAGCAAGCGCUUAUUCUAAUGGAUGAUGAUUUCGACACCGACGAAGGAAAACCGGUGAAAACCGCGAGGACGAAGUCGUCUUCUUCUUCUUCCUGCAAGUUCAACGACGCGAAGCAGAAAGCCUCUGUCUCCGAGUCUCGAAUGUGUCAUCAGUGCCAGAAGAGUGAUAGGACCGUUGUUCACUGUCGGAAUCGGAACUGUUGCAAACGAUUUUGCGUCCCAUGCAUUCGGAGAUGGUAUCCACAAAUGUCCAAGGAGGAAAUAGCUGAAUCUUGUCCAUAUUGUCGAGGUAAUUGUAACUGCAAGGCAUGUUUACGUAGAAAAGAUGUAAAUACGGUUUCUGGAGUGCCUCAAAAUGAAGAUGAAAAGAUUCAACAUUUGAAGCAUUUGUUGCGAGCAUUGUAUCCUUUUCUGGAACAAUUUAAUCAUGAGCAGCAGUUGGAAAUGGAGAUGGAAGCAAAGAGUAAAGGGUUACUGCUUCCCGAUGUAGAAGUUGUCCAAAUCGACUGUUCCAAAUAUGAACGUAUUUAUUGCAACAAUUGCAAAACCUCUAUUAUUGAUUUUCAUAGGAGCUGUCCGAAUUGUUCAUAUGAUCUUUGCCUUACUUGUUGCCGGGAAAUUCGUGGCAAUUUCUUGCCAGGGGAAUUAGUUGAGCAGUGUAUUGAUGCUUCUAAUGCUCAUUCGCAUAAUGGAGAGCCUUUAGAUCUGCAGUCAUGCAACAAAGAAUCAUCAGACAUUUGUCUUGAGUCAAGCCCUGUGAGACCAAAGUAUUUGUGGAGGGCUAUGAAAAAUGGUGCGAUCCCCUGUUCACCAGAGGAUAAUGAUGGUUGUGGAUAUGAAUAUCUUGAGCUGAAGUGUAUAUUUCCUCAAAAUUGGAUUUCAAAGUUAAGGGAAAAAGUGAAAAGAUUAAUCAAAGUACAUGGACUAGAAGGUAUGCCCACAGUUCCUGCACGGUGCAAUUCUUGCUUCAAAUCUCUUGAUGAAAUUGACUCCAUCAAUGACAAGUUGCGACAAGCUGCUGCACGAGAAGGCUCAAGUGACAACUAUUUGUACUGUCCUUCAGCUAGUGAUGUUAAAUGUGGGGAUCUGGAACAUUUCCAGGGCCAUUGGAUUAAGGGAGAGCCCGUUAUUGUUAGGGAUGCUCUUGAAUUAACCUCUGGCUUGAGCUGGGAGCCAAUGGUAAUGUGGCGUGCAAUGCGUGAGUUGACUUAUCAUGGUUCCAAACAUUUGAAUGUGAAAGCAAUUGACUGCCUAGAUUGGUGUGAGGUUGAAAUAAAUAUCCAUCAAUUUUUCAAGGGAUACUCAGAGGGCCGUGCUCAUCGUGACUCCUGGCCAGAGAUGCUCAAGCUCAAAGAUUGGCCUCCAUCUAAUCUAUUUGAGCAGAGGUUACCGCGUCAUGGUAUGGAGUUUAUUAGUGCCUUACCCUACAAAGAGUAUACGCAUCCUCGCAGUGGUUUUCUUAACUUGGCCACAAAGCUACCAGAAGAGUCUUUGAAACCUGAUUUGGGGCCAAAGACAUAUAUAGCAUAUGGCUUUGCUGAAGAGCUUUUACGUGGAGAUUCGGUGACCAAGCUUCAUUGUGACAUGUCAGAUGCGGUAAAUAUUUUGACACAUACUGAAGAGGUGACCUUCACUUCUCAACAUCUUACCAAAAUAGAGACGUUGAAACAAAAAUAUGCUGCUGAAGACCUAAGUGAACUUUUUAAGGUUUUGCAGAAUGAUAAUUCUACAGUGAAGUGCAAAUCCAUAUCAGAAGAUAAUAUUUCAUUGCAGGCAGCUGAUGACUUGUCAGUUCUUAAUGGGUCUUCCCUUAUCCAAAUGUCAAGAAUGGAUAAUGAUGGGCCCGGCAGAAAGCAUGCCACUGUUAAACUAACAAAUGAUUGUACUUCACAAAAUAGGAGAAGAAAAGAAGUGCAAGAUGAGAUUACUAACAAAAUAGGAGCAAAUUCAGGAAAUUCAUUGGAAAAGGAAACCGGUGAAAUGAUAAACUCUGAAGAAGGGAAUGCAAUUAUUGUGAGGGAAAAUGUAGUUAAAUCACCACAUGAUUUUGAUAUGAAGUCAGAAUUAUAUGCUACGAGUACCAAGUUUCAAAUAGGGAAAAAGGAUUGGAAGGCGGAAAAUGUUGGGGAUGUGAAAAAAUUUAAUACUGUUUUUUCCAUUGGGCAUACUUCAACGGAGGAGGUGCAGCAACAAGAUGCUGGAUGUAUUAGUCAUCCUGUGGACUCUGUAAAUAUGCACAUUGGACAAGAAUUUGCCGAGGGAGGUGCUGUCUGGGAUAUUUUUCGGAGGCAAGACGUGUGCAAGCUUGAAGAAUACCUUAGGAAGCAUUGUAGGGAAUUCAGGCAUCUCCAUUGUUCUCAAGUGGAUCAGGUUUUUCACCCCAUUCAUGAUCAAGUUUUUUAUCUGAAUUCUUAUCAUAAAAGGAAACUCAAAGAAGAAUUUGGAGUUGAACCUUGGACUUUUAUACAAAACCUUGGUGAGGCUGUUUUUAUACCUGCCGGGUGUCCCCAUCAAGUUAGAAACUUAAAGUCGUGCAUAAAGGUUGCUCUAGACUUUGUCUCCCCUGAAAAUAUCCAAGAAUGUAUUCGUCUGACCAACGAAUUUCGUACUCUUCCAUCAAGCCAUAAAGCAAACGAAGACAGACUUGGGGUGAAGAAAAUGUGUCUCCAUGCAUUAAGCGAGGCUGCAGACCAUUUAGAGCGGAGCAGCUCGAAGAGUAGAAAUUAACAUGUAAUUCCGUAGUACAUGUACAUAAUUAGGUCGAUAUGUAUAUCUUAUCUACUUACACAUUAAACUCUGCUAAUUAAACUUUGAACUUGUUAGACGGUGGUUUGAAGGCGAUAAAUGAGUGUUCGUAUCUUUUAUUAAUGAAAGCGCAACUCCAGAUUCUCGUUUGGCUUGAUCAUUGUCAUUUAAGUGUAUAUGAAUAUGGAUUUUGGACCUUCUAAUAA